GUUCUUCUUAACCAAACAACAAAAAAUCGUGCGCAUUUGAAUAUAAAUAUAUCUAUAUAGAUACCAAUUUUUUGUAUACGUACGCGAACGCCCCUAAGAAAAACGAAUAUAUGCAUUUAUAAAUAAAUAGAUGUGUUUACUUAGCCCCUUACUAGGGUCAGAAUACAAAUUUAUUAAAGUCUGCCUACACAUGUUACUUUCACAUAGUUAUAAAAACAGUUAACGUGAAAAUAUGUGAUGUGCUUCAAGUAACUUCAUCCAGAAAUUGAAUUCUAUGAGGUGGUGUGUUAAAAAUCAACAAGUACGUAAAUAGUUUCAAACAUCAUAAUUCAUACGUUAAAACGCCUCCACAAUGAAUGUACCACAAUAGGAAAGUAUUUACUGACUCACGGCUGCAUUUCUAAACUUUAUGUGUCUAUAUAAUAUGGAAAUGCAAACAAAAUCUGAGGAACCAACGACACACUUGAAAACCUUGAGAAGCCCUGUUGCGGCUACAAAAAAAAGGUCAGGCCCUUUGGAUGAUGCCCUUGACACGCUAAACAAUUGCCAGCCGGCAUCGCAAAUAUCGUUUCCGUCGUCUAAGGAGCCGCAGUCUUCAGAUGUCCUCAGCGUUCGAAGCCCAAUUCAUUUUGCGAAUAACCAGUCCGGAGGAAAUAGGCUACGUCGUUGUAGUACAAAAGACAAGGAGAAAAAACGAGAACGCUGGCUCUUAACUCGAAAGACAUGGAGGUAUAUGACAGACGCAGGUCGAAAGCUUCUUCCCGACGGAUCUCAGCCAGGGUCGGAUAAUAUUGACGCAAUAGAAGCGCACUUCCAACGUGUGUGUUUAUCUGAACCGUGUUUUGUUUUGUGGAGUCGGAGGACCUCAUACCCAGGAGCAAUUAACAGUUCUAAGCGGAGAUUGAAGCUAUUGUCCAGGCACGCAAGUGCUAGACGCAAUGGAAAUAAAGUGGAGGCCACAAAUAGCUUUUACAAUGAAGAUCGAACCCUCGAGUUAUUGCAGACAUAUCUUAAGCUCCGCGAUGUGUACAAAACAACCACAUUACUUAGCGCUAAAACGGUUCGACCUGACCAAACAUCUUCACCUAGUGCUCAAAGACCAAUCCUUAAGAACAAGAAUGACAAGGAGACUAUGAAAUCCUCUAGUGUGACUCUGGAAUCAGAGCUCGUUUCCCGUCUGAAACUUUUAUCUAAAUGCUCUAUAUUUGGACAAGAGGGAAUUCAGCUGGAAUUAGGUGAUGUACCCGAAAUCCUUGAGGAUAAAGUACUUUUAAAAAAAAUCUACAGUGCGCUCAAGAAACAACAACUUCAUCGGACCCUACAUUCCAAGGAACCAUCAAAAUAUGUUAAUAGGUCGACUUCACUGUCCAGCUUAUUAAAAAAUAGUAACCAAGAUAAAUUUGGCAAUCACAAUAGCCAUGAUCGCGCUGGUAACACACUCGGACAUGAAAAGUUCCAAUGUCUGAGAAAAUGUGAUACAACAAUUUUGCCGAGCGCGAAAAGUUCACUUUACCUAGAUCUAAAUAAUGUUCAUCUAAGCUCCGAGACUACAGCAAAAUGUGUUCUAAGUGAGAAGAAAACUGAAAGAAGCCUUAAAACAUGUGGAACUCAAACCAGUUUUAUUCAGCUUAGCGAACUUAAGAGUUUGGCGGAACAGUACAAGCUGGCGAUUCGAAAUUGCGAUGGCAAUUUACAGAUUUCGGAAGAAUUAGAUAAACAGGAUGGCUGUGAAGCAUCGCGCUUGAGUGGCAGGAAAAGUUCGAUUGACGAUGACAUUUCACAGUCAGUAAGCGAUACAAUCAAGCGUUAUUUGAAAAUGGCGAGAAAGAAGAGUGUGCAAGAUUCUGAAUCGAAUCGAUUUAAGUCAAUUAACUAUGAUAAAAAUCUUAGAAAUAUAAAGGCAAAGGGCGAAAUAAACCCACCUGGCAUGAGUGAAGGACUAAACAAAGCUGUACAAACUCUAGAUGCUUGGCCCCUUAUAGCUUUGGAUUUUAUUAAGGGAAUCGAAUGUUCCAAAAAUCUGGAAAACGCUCAUUUAGAAUGGAUGAAGAGUGAGGAUGAGCGAAUACAGAAAAAGUUAGAGUGGGAAAAAAGCCGGUCAACAUUUAGUGAUGAACUGCAUUCUUCACAUAUCAGUAGUCGUGAAAACCACUCCCCAUACUUAAAGUGCACAUCUGCACCUUCUUCGCCAACCAGUCAUUCAAAGUUAGAAAAAGCUAUAAGGACUUCUAGCGGAUUGCUCUCUUCAAGCUCUCAAUUUAUAUCGAACAUUUUGCACGGGCAUAACAAUGCAGGAAACCAUAUUAACACAUUAAUAGACAAGAAUCCGGAUAUUAGUCAAAGUAAUGCAAGUGCAAAUAUGCAAAAGUCGAAAUCAUUAUCUAACGUGGGACAAUUUGUUACUAAAAAAAUAUGGCGAAGUCGUUCCAAAAGCCAAAACAGGCGAAAUUUAUCUAAAGAUAGUUUGCCUUUACCCCUUCUAAAGUGGUAUCCUUCGGAGAAUCUGUUAUGGAUUUCAGAAUCUGGCGAGAAGUUUCAAGUUUCGGCGACCCUACUGGUAAACUUGUCGAAAACAGAAUCAGACUUAGUAAAGGAUUUCGCCCUGGAAAAAAUUAAAGAAUUUAAUUUGGGAAAUAUUGAAGAUUUGAAGAAAACGUCGCCAAAACGACAAAUCGUUCCUAAAAAAAAAUCGUUGACCACUAGCUUUUUUGACAUUGGAAGAAAAGAUGAUCAACAUGGUCGAUUAGUUUUGUUUGGAACUUCGCUGGAAUGUUGUGUAACGAGAGACAGACAAGGAAACGAUGACAUAGAGAACCGUUCUAAAUAUUCCCUAAUGUCAGUGUUUCGGGGAAGCGGUAGUAACCCAGGGAGUGUUAUGAAGCUAAAUGAACAUGUAAGGUCAUGUGAAAGCUUACCAACUAAAUCUUCGGAAUACGGAUGCAUGGACACCUCUGAAUGUUUUAGUGACUCUUUUACAAGCACUGAAAUAAGGUUUGAUAAGCCCUUUCAAGAAAAAUCCCUUCUCAUGGUGCCAAUAUUCGUUAAUAACUGUAUCGAAUAUUUAGAAGAGAACGGCUUACAAAAGGUUGGACUCUUUCGAGUGAGCACGUCCAAAAAACGAGUCAAGCAAAUGCGCGAAGAAUUUGAUAAGGACUGUCAUACUAAGUUUUUUGUCGAUACAUGCCCUCAUGACGUUGCCACCCUGCUGAAGGAAUAUCUACGGGAUCUUCCAGAACCACUUCUUUGCGACAGACUCUACUCAACUUUUCUAAAAACACAACGUAUAAGAAAUCGACGCUUGCAACUAGAGGCUAUAUCACAUUUAAUAAGACUACUUCCCAUACCACACAGAGACACCUUGUAUGUCCUUCUAAUAUUUCUAGCAAAAGUAGCAGCACAUAGCGAUGAUUUAUGCAAUACUGACGGGAGUUGUCUAAUGACUGGAAAUAAAAUGGAUAGCAAUAAUCUAGCGACAGUAUUUGCACCCAAUAUUUUGCGUAGCACACUUUUGACAUUUCCAAGGAAUAAAGAACAGGAGCAUAUGAGCGAUGCAAUUAAUGUCGUAAGGACCAUGAUCGAUCAUUAUGAAGAAAUUUUUAAGAUAUCAGCAGAAUUGCUUAACGUUAUUUAUACACAAGUGUUGGAAGCAUGUCCCGAAAAGUUAUACGAGCUGAUUUCGACGAAAAUAAAUGGAUCUGAAUGGUGUGACCACAUCGAUCACUUUAGUGACACUGACUUGGUUAAAUGGCAAGAUGAUACUAAAGAUCCAAAAAAAACGUCUCAAUUUAAUACCAAUGACACCAAAAGAAAGCAAAAGGAAAACAUUGAAGUUUUCACUGGAAGUCUAAAAAUAUCUGUGCCAGGAAAUACUCAUAUAAGCCAGAUAGAAUCUUUAGAAAACAAAGAAAAUAAAACGACGAGCCAUAAACUUUCUGGAGCCAAACUACCAGCCAACCCAUUAGAAACUGAGAUUGCUACAUUAGGUGGAAAUGUGGUAGAUCUUGAAACAAAACCCAAAGCAACUACAUCAAAUAAUCUAAAUGACAUCAAUCAAGCCGGAAUUCGGAAAAAAGCUAUUUACAAACGGCAGCACUUAAUAUCUAGCUCAAGACGAAUAAACCAAGGACCCUAAAUAUUUAAUAAUUCUAAUUAACUUUUGCAAUGUGUUAAUUCAAUAAGAAACGAUAAAAAUAUAUAAAAAUAAUACUGAA